CGAUUUCCGUGUAGGGUUCCUUUCCGCGCGGCGGCCAUGGGCAGGUCGCGGCUUAAAUUCUCUCCUGAUGUUCUUUUUGGUUAUAGAAAUUGACACUUCUUAAUGAUAAAUAAUAAUCCCUGACUGACCCUCCAUCUCUCCUUCCUCGCCACAAAGAGACUCUGUUGUUGUGCAGUCUAGGAGCGCGCAUCGAUUCGGUAACGGCACAGGGACCUCUCCUCCUCCCUCUCCUCUUCUGUCCUCUCCUUUUUUUUGGGAGUCAUGAAGGGCACAUCGGCGUUGCAGCUCCUUCUUGCUGUCGCCGCGGCGGUGGCCCCCGCCGGGGCGGCGACGGCGUGGAAAAAUGUCAACAUUGGCGGCGGCGGCGGCUUCGUCCCGGGCAUCAUCUUCCACCCCAAGGAAAAGGGGGUGGCAUAUGCCCGGACCGACAUUGGCGGUCUCUACCGGCUGAACCCCGACGACGACUCGUGGACCCCGCUGACGGAUAACCUGGGCACCAACGAGAAAUGGGGCCGCUGGGGUAUCGAUGCCGUCGCCGUCGACCCCCAGGAUGCCGACAGGGUCUACGCGGCCGUCGGCAUGUACACUAACGACUGGGACCCCAACCCGGGCUCCAUCAUCCGCAGCUCGGACAGGGGCGCCACCUGGGAAGUCACCGAGCUACCCUUCAAGGUGGGCGGGAACAUGCCGGGCCGCGGGAUGGGCGAGAGGCUCGCGGUCGACCCGGCCAACUCGGACAUACUGUUCUUCGGCGCCCGCAGCGGCAACGGCCUGUGGAAGAGCGCCGACGGCGGCGUCACCUGGGCCCGCGUCGAGUCCUUCACCAACGUAGGCACCUACGCGCCCGACCCAAGCGACGCCACCGGCCUGAACUCGGACCUGAUCGGCCUGACCUUUGUCACGUUCGACUCGACCUCGAACGUGGUCGGCGGCGCCACCUCGCGCAUCUUUGUCGGCACGGCCGACAACAAGACCGCCUCAGUCUACGUGUCGGAGGACGCCGGCGCCACCUGGAAGCCCGUCGAGGGCCAGCCGGGCGCCUUCUUCCCGCACAAGUGCGUGCUGCAGCCCGAGGAGAAGGCGCUCUACCUGAGCUACAGCAACGGCGCCGGCCCCUACGACGGCACCCUGGGCGCCGUCUACCGCUACGACCUCGCCGCCCGCACCUGGACCGACAUCACCCCGGCCUCGGGCGGCGACCUCUACUUCGGCUUCGGUGGCCUCAGCGUCGACUUGCGGAAGCCGGGCACCCUCAUGGUCGCCACCCUGAACUCGUGGUGGCCCGACGCCCAGAUCUACCGCUCGACCGACUCGGGCGCCACCUGGUCCAAGAUCUGGGAGUGGGCGGCCUAUCCGGACAUGAACUGGUACUACGGUCUCUAUACCGAUAAAGCCCCCUGGAUCAACGCCGGCUUCAUCUCCCAGGACACCAAGCGUCUCGGCUGGAUGAUCGAGGCCCUCGAGAUCGACCCCCACGACAGCGACCACUGGCUGUACGGAACCGGCCUCACCCUCUACGGCGGCCAUGACCUUACCAAGUGGGACACCGUGACUCGCAACGUCACCAUCUCGUCGCUCGCCGCCGGCAUCGAGGAGAUGGCCGUCCUCGGCCUCGCCUCGCCCCCCAACGGAUCCGAACUCCUGGCCGCCGUGGGCGACGACUGUGGCUUCACCUUCCGGGAGAGCCAAGACCUCGGCACGUCCCCUCAGACUCCCUGGAUGAAUCCCAUCUGGACUUCGACCACCGACGUCGACUACGCCGGCAACGAGCCCGAUCACGUCGUCCGCGUCGGCAACUCUCAGGGCGCCCCGCAGGUCGCCGUGUCCGAGGAUGGCGGCGUGACCUGGAGCGCGCACCCGGGCGCCGACGGCACCACCAACUCGGGCACGCUGGCCUACUCGGCCGACGCGGACACGAUCGUCUGGUCGUCUGGCAGCGCCGGCGUACUCCGCUCCCAGAACCAGGGCGCCUUCGCCGCCGUUGGCUCCCUCCCCUCGGGCGCCACUGUCGCCGCCGACCGGCGCAACAACACCGUCUUCUACGCCGCCUCGGGCGCCUCCUUCUACCGCAGCACCGACACGGGCGCCACCUUUGCCAAGGUCGCCUCCGCCUUUGGCAGCAAGGUCGCCGCCGUCAAAGCCAUUGCGGCCCACCCGGUCGUCGCUGGCGAGGUCUGGGUCGCCACCGACGCCGGCCUGUUCCGCAGCAUCGACUACGGUGCCACCUUCUCGGCCGCCUCCGGCAGCAUCACCGAUGCCAUCCAGGUCUCCCUCGGCAAGGGUGAUGGCUCCGCCUGGAACGUCUACGUUUUCGGCACGGGCCCCGAGGGCACCAAGCUGUACGCCUCGGCCGACGAGGGCGCCACCUGGGUCGACAUCCAGGGCGAGCAGGGCUUCGGCUCGCUCUCUGCCAACAGGCUCGUCGGCAGCGGCAACGUCGCCGGCCAGGUCUACGUCGGCACCAACGGCCGCGGCGUCUUUUACGCCAAGGUAUCCCUGUCCGCCGCCGCCAACUAAACUCGGCUUCCUUCUUUGGCCGCGCGGACUGAGGAGGAGGAAAUACUAGGAAGGAGGAAAAAGGGGGGGAGGGGGAAGCAAUCAAAGGGAGGUCAGCUGGGUCAUACUAAGUUGGAAACACGCUAUUCCAUCCAACUUUGCAGAUUUUGAGUUUCUCUUCUUUCAUCGUAUAUAUGCACUUUCAGGGAAGAGUACAUACGUCAGUUUAUAUAUAUAUGUAUAUGUAUAUAUUCAGAACAUAAACACAAUGUUGUCUCCAGUGUUUUAAGGGCCUGGAGAUCAUCUCG